CGGGGCAGGUAAACAAAAUGGCGGCUGCCUAACAACUGAACUCCUUGCAGGAGGAGGGAGGAGAGGCGAUGCUGCAUGGAGCGGAACAACGACAACAGCAGCCAGAGGAGCCUGAGGAAUCCGAGUCGAUCCUGGCGCCUUUCAGAGACUAUGUCGAGAUGGACGAGGUCAUUGACUACAUCAGUGACAACGACCUCAUGGGAGUGGACACUUUCAUCCACAGGAUAGACUCCACCGACGUGAUCUACCAGCCGAGGAAGAAAAGGGCCAAAAUCAUCGGAAAGUACCUAAUGGGCGACCUCCUGGGAGAGGGUUCCUACGGCAAAGUCAAGGAGAUGCUGGACUCUGAGACACUGUGCAGGAGGGCCGUGAAAAUCCUCAAGAAGAAAAAGCUGAGGAGGAUCCCGAACGGGGAAGCGAAUGUGAAAAAGGAAAUCCAGUUGCUCAGGAGACUACGACACAAAAAUGUAAUCCAAUUGGUAGAUGUGCUGUAUAAUGAAGAAAAGCAAAAAAUGUAUAUGGUAAUGGAAUAUUGUGUGUGUGGAAUGCAAGAAAUGUUGGACAGUGUCACAGACAAGAAAUUCCCAGUAUUUCAAGCUCAUGGGUAUUUCUGCCAAUUGAUUGAUGGUCUAGAAUAUUUGCACAGUCAAGGAAUAGUCCACAAAGAUAUUAAACCAGGCAACUUACUGCUAACAACGGAUGGCACUUUGAAAAUCUCAGAUCUAGGAGUAGCUGAAGCAUUACACCCUUUUGCAGAGGAUGACACAUGUAGGACAAGUCAAGGGUCACCAGCAUUCCAACCUCCAGAAAUCGCAAAUGGUCUUGAUACAUUUUCGGGGUUCAAAGUGGAUAUUUGGUCUGCAGGGGUGACAUUGUACAAUAUUACAACGGGACUUUACCCAUUUGAGGGGGAUAACAUCUACAAAUUGUUUGAAAACAUAGGGAAAGGGGAAUAUACCAUUCCGGAAGAAUGUGGACUGUUGUUGUCCGAUUUACUGCAAGGAAUGCUUGAAUAUGAUCCUGUGAAAAGAUUUUCAAUACAACAGAUCAGACAGCACAAUUGGUUUCGGAAAAAACACCCUCAGGCAGAAAAUCUCGUUCCUAUCCCUCCAAGCCCAGAGACCAAGGACAAGUGGAGAAGCAUGACAGUGGUGCCUUACCUGGAAGACUUGCAUGGUUAUAAUGAUGAAGAUGAUGAAGAUCUGUUCAAUGAAGAUGAAAUAAUUUAUACUCAGGAUUUUACAGUACCAGCUCAAACUGAAGUUGGAGGAUUAUGGUGUUGCUGCUGCCUCUGUGCCUGUGCGGACCAGCACUGGAGGCAAGCGACGGAGAAAAGAAGAAAGAAGCGGUGAAUAAGUAGAAAAUAAUUCCUGCCUUCUAUAGAAUGAAGACAGCAUGUUUGUCCAGCCUACCACCCAAUGACAACAGUUUAUAACAACAAUCCUGAGUUUGACAGAAGUAUAACCAUGGAUGUUUAGAACUUUGUGCAAAGCCAUUUAGAUGCACUUUAUGUUUUAGACUACUUUGUUUCCUGUUUAUACCUGCAGUAUAGUACACAUUGUGAUGUGUAAAUGCAUGCUGUAAAGGGCUUGGAGAAAGGGAAUAUACAUUUAUAAAGGGCAAAAGGUUUAGUACUUUUGUCUGGGUUAAUCUGUAUUGCUCUGCAGCUGGUUCAUUAAGAAAAGUCAACACGUCGAAUGAAAAUGUCUUGCUACCGUUUUUGGGAGCAAUGGAAGGAGCAGUUUAAGUAUUGAAAUAUUCACUAUUUGACAAGGUUUUGGAAUUGGUAGAUAAGCUGCAGGAAACACCCCAAUUUAUUGAGAGGCCUAUUAUGAAAAGUAUUACCUUCUGGUACUGUUUUCUGACAGCCAUAGUCACAUCACUGUUAGAAAUGAUUUACAUUAAGCAAAUCAAUCUGCAGAUAGCUUCCCACCUGUUGGGCGUACCAACACAUGCAUUCCUUUCAUUAAUGGUAUGCCAAUGAACUUUUUGACACAGUUUUAUUUUUUGUCCACAGUAUUCUAUACCAAAAGAGCUUUAAGAGACAAAAAUGAAAAUACUAUACACACAGACCUGGUCUUGUUCACUAACAGAUAUAAGUGGAUGCUACAGUUUCAAGGAUAAUUGUUAUGUUUAUGCGGUAGAUGCAAAUGUAUUUCGAUGGAUCACAGAUAGAAGACUUGACGCAUGAUAACCAGAAAAGUUUCUACAGCCAGCAUUGUAAGAUGGACCUUCUGCUGCAAUAUUGGAUUGAUAAUUUGUAUGGUAAAAUACUGAUAAGAGGAGAGUAAUGCAUUCAAUUUUUUUGUGUUGAUAAUAAGACAGGAUGUCUUAUUAGCAUCCUCUGUAACAGGUCCCACACUGGUGUACGAAUGCAUCUUGUAUACAUUUGCAGCUGCUGUUUUUUCAUGUUAUUUCUUGAUGAAGCCAGUGCACACAUUGCAGACUGGCUGUUUUUGUGAAUUAUCAAAACACUGUAGUGGAACCAAAGCAUUACUUGUUGUACUAAAGUAGCUCCCAUUAUUAUUA